GAUUAAUAGGUACGAUUUAUAUCCUAUUGUUAUAAAUACUUUUUUACUUUACUAUUGUUGUUCGCGAAGUUUUUAUAAGAUGAUUAGCGUUGAAAGUCUUAAAACUAUUGCAGUAAGUUUUAUAAAUUUUACGUGCGCAUCUGAUCGCCGGUCCGGUGUGCGAGUGAGACAGCGCUAUCCACGUAUAGGUAUGUCUUGCUCUCACACCAAGGCGGCGAAUGGACGAACGAACGCCCAGCGCAUGGCACACUGCAUCCGAUGUUUCAGCGGGACAACGCUAUGCGCGUAUCCCGCUCCCGCCCGCACGUGCAAAUCGGAUGCAGCGUGCUAAGCGCAUAACAUAAUAGGAUUGAUUUUGUGUCGCAAUUCUAAACGCCAUAAAAUAGUUAGUUACUAUGUUGUUUACGAACCAAUUUCAUUUCCAGCAUUUGCAGUAUAAAAUGUACGCGUAUUUGAUUUUUGUGGUAUUACUAUUACCGUUUAUAUCUUCCUAUUACGAUGAUUAUUUAUCUCCGGUUCGUAACGUUAUAUUAUCCCGAGAGAGCCAGAUCGAAUAUCCUCACUAUCACUAUCCCUCGGGUUGGUUGAGACAAAAAACUAAGAAACCUAAAAAACCUAGGAAGGAACCUACAGCAAAAGAAGUAAUUAAAAUAAUUCCGACGAACUUACCAAAAAAUCCCUCUCUGAAUAGGUCUGUUUUCAGUUUAUUAAGAAGCGAACAAAAGGAUGCAAAUAAGACAGACGAGAAGGAGUAUCCGUGGAUAGCUCGCGUUGUGCAUUCCCCGGACAAAGACCAUCCUUACCUGUGCACGGCGGCUUGUAUAGAAGACAGAAUAUUUGUCACUGCCGCUCGCUGUAUCUAUCAAGCAAAAGUGUCUUUUACAACUGUGAUCAACCAAGGUUCCAGACUUCGACCCAGAGCCUUUGUAGUACCUUCGAAACCGACCAAACAGAUGUUUGACGACAUAGGCUUCAUCGUCGUCAGCAAAACUAACCAUACAUGGAACGCAGUUAAAGUGUUUGACAAACAGGACAAUGAAAUGUUCACUAGGACAGAUGAGAAUUACUUCUGGCUGAGUAAGAUGGGUGAAAUCGAGGGUACGGCGGUGGGAUUUGUCAAUGGUGAUCAAAAACAAUCUGGGACUUUGUAUCAAGCAAAUGUCUACAUAAGCCCCUUCAUAUGCCAACAUUUCUACAAUACAGAAAUAUUACAAGAGCCAAAAUAUUAUAGUGAUCACUAUUUCGUGCCAUGUUUCCAUACAUGCGAUCUUAUGGACGGUUACAGUAGGUACAAGUGUAAUAGACGGCUCGCUGGAGAAGGGCACGUUAUACUGGAAGAAAAAUCUAAAAAGCUUAUAGGGAUAGCCACCUGGGGGGGUUAUUUCGCUAAAUCUAUUGGAAUAAAUUUGCCAGUCGGUAUGGCAGUACUAAAUUCGGAUAAUUUUCAAGAAGAUUUGGAAUGUGCGAGGAUGAUUAAAAAUGCGCCAGUAACAAGUAAAACUUUUUCUAAUUUAUGCAAAUAACGGAGUUGUACCAAUGUCAGAUUAUACCAAUGAGAGACAAUGGUUAUCUGAAUCAAAGGCGAAUCGGAGCCAGGGUGCUAAGCGCCUUGGGCCGAGGUCUGGACGCAUGCGAUCAGCGGAGCGGCGAGCGGCAAAUCAAUGUAGAAAUUGGUAUAAAUGGCAUUGAUUUGCCGCUCGCUGCCCCGUCGGUCGCGUGCGUCAAGGCCUUAGUGCCUUAUCAAAAUCGCUGCUAACUUCUAACUAACUCUAGACACCGACGCUCGAGAAACGCCGGGUUGGGUGUUGGCUUAUGUAAAGUUUAUUGGAAUUAUGCCAACAUAUUGUAAUAUUAUGGACCCAUGUAAUUAAAGUAUAAAUAUUGAGAUAACUCCGUUAUUGUAUCCUCUUAAGGCCCAGCCAUAGAAAUGAAAAAUCCAAAAUUUGCCACUGGAAUUUGAACCUAUAGUGCACUGAAUACAGUA